GAACGAGCAGCUCCGAAAGGAGCGGGACGAUCGGCUGCGGAGAACGAGCAGCUCCGAAAGGCAGCGGGACGAUGCGGCUGCGGAGAACGAGCAGCUCCGAAAGGCAGCGGGACGAUACGGCUGCGGAGAACGAGCAGCUCCGAAAGCAGCGGGACGACGCGGCUGCGGAGAACGAGCAGCUCCGAAAGCAGCGGGACGAUGCGGCUGCGGAGAACGAGCAGCUCCGAAAGCAGCGGGACGAUGAGGUUGUUGUUCGUAAUGUUAUGUGUUUUGCACGUGGAUGUGAUGGAUAUGGUGUGAAUGGUGUGAGGGUGAGGGAUAAUUUGCAUUUGUUUUGCCCUUCAUUGUCGUCGGUGGAGCGGAAGGUGGAUUUUGUAUUAGAUGGUGGGAUGAAAGGGGUUUUGCUGUGUGAAAGAAAGUUGUUGCCUGGGGAUGGAGUGGAGGAUUUGGAUGAGCAUUCGUUUAGUGGUCGGUGUGGUUGUGGUGUUGUUGUGCAUGAUGCGCGUGUUGUGGGUGAUUUUAAUGAACCCCGACCCCACGAUGGGGAGUCUUACAAUUUGCAGUUGAUGGGUGUUGGGCCUUCAGUUGGCCUGGGCGUAAAAUAUAAAGGUGUCGAACGGGAAGGGUACACCGUGUCUUCAAAACCAAUCAGGGGGUGCUCUCGCCUUGUUGUGAGUGGUGCAGCGCUUGGCACGUUCCGUGAUUAA